AUGACAGAAAGCUAUACAAAAGAGGAACUGAAUACUAUUUUCAAGCAAUUCAAGUCAGACAAGUCUAACAAAGUCUGCUUUGACUGCCCUGCAAAAAAUCCAACUUGGGCCUCUGCGACCUAUGGUAUUUACAUUUGCUUAGACUGCAGUUCAAUACAUAGGAAUAUGGGCGUACACUUAUCUUUCGUUAGAUCAAUUAACUUGGACAGCUGGAACACUAACCAGUUGCGUACGAUGAGAUGUGGAGGCAAUCAAUCUGCUAAGGACUUCUUCAAUAAGCAUUCUUCCGGCCAUUUACUCAGCAACUCUGACGUUAAAGCAAAGUACAACUCCGACGUAGCAAAGUUAUAUAGGGAAGAGCUCGCUAAGAGGGUACAAAAGGACCAGUCUGACUUGCCAGGUAAAAUAUACGUUCCUGGCUCUCAAUCAGCUCCUAUUGAUGAUACCAAAGCCGAGGAUGGUGACGACUUUUUCGCUAACUGGGAUAAGCCUUCUUCUCCCGCUACCGCACCACCAGCUGAGCCAAUUGCACCACCUGUAAUAGGAAUGACUACCUCACAAUUAAGUACACCUUCUGUGCCUUCAGAGAGCACCUCACCUGCUCCUCAGUCACCUGCUCCUUCUGCCACACCUGCUGCUGCUGCACCUAGAACGAUCUCUUCAGCCUCACUCAGACAAUCCUCAAGCUCAAGUCGUCCAUCUAAGCCUUCUUCAAAGUUAGGUGCCUCCAAGUUCGGUGUAAAGAAGGCUGCAACGCCAUUCAACUAUGAUGAAGCUGAAAAGAAGGCACAGUUAGAGGUAGAAAGAUUAAAGACGUUGGAAUUAGAAGCUCAAAAGCGUGCAGAGGAGGAGAGAGCCAAACAAGCAGCCGAGGCGGAAGCUAACGCUGCUGCCGCUGCAAUUGCUGCCCAGAAUGCCGAGAAAGCUCGCAGGGAAGCCAAAGCCGCUAAUGCUCCAGUCGAGAAACUAGAACCACGAAUGGCCAAACUUGGUUUCGGACAAACUGUAUCCUUUGGGGCAAACAAAUCAGCAGCAACAGCAGCACCAACUUGUCUAAUUAGUUAUAGAAGUAGCUACGCUGCCCAAGUUGAUGAUGCACCUACAACUGCUAGAGAAAAAUUCGGCGGUCAAAAAGCAAUUUCGUCAGAUAUGUACUUUGAACGCGGAAAUUACGACGCAGAUGAAAGAGAUGCUGCUCAAAGUAGACUUAAAGAAUUCAACGGCCAAUCGGCAAUCUCGUCGGAUGCUUACUUCGGCAGAGAACGAAAUUCGUUGGAUGAAGAUGAAGAUGCAGAUGAAGGAUUAAUGGGUAAUGGUGAUACAAUUCAGCAACUUGAGAACACAGCAAGAGACUGGGCUCAAAGAGUUGCAGCUAACCCUGACGUCCAACAAUUAGGUGAGGGUAUCCGCGCCGGUGCAUUGAAAGUAAGUUAA